AUGACGGAUGUCAAUAGUGGAACAAAAACUGCUGACUCUUCGACAAUGGACGAGUCCAUCACUGUUUUUAUGGGGGAUCGAUUUAUUUUAAUGACAACUGUGGAUGAUGGGAGAAGUGUAGUUACUAGGGCAGGGAGAGUUUCCAAAGAAUACGCUGGUAAAGGCAUUGCUGGAACAAUGUUGAAAUGGAUAGAUAUAGGGGGACCUCUUUACCGACCGGAAGUCAUAUGGCAUAAAACUACAGGAAGUAGAACACAUUCACCGUUACUUCAAUUGAUUAGCAAAGGAACAUACAACAAAACCUUAGAACAAGAUUUUCGAUUUUACGACACACAUAAAAGAACACUACAAAAUAAAUACUCUGUCAUAAGGAAAGAAAAUCCUUCGUUAAAAUCUGAAAGUAUCGACGAAAAGGUGCUUGGUGAAAUUAUAGCAUCAACUGACCAUAAGCAGUACUUAUUCCCAGAAGACGAAAUAGUUGUUGACCAGGUACCAUAUAGGGCUAUCAAAUCGAAUGCUCCCCUGAUUAUUUCCAAACGAACUACUGUUGUGGUGUCUGAUUUAAAUUGUCCACAAAGAACUUUACUUUCUAUAAGUAAUUUCUGGCAAGCACCUAUUGGAAUGGUUUUUAAUUUCAACGCUUAUGGAUGUUUGUCUGACAAUACCAAAGAGCACCUCAUUUUACACUUUUCUAAGUUUCUUUGUCGGCCAAUGAGUGAAUAUAUAUUAUUUCGUGGUAUAUCAAGCCAAGGAACAAGUUGGACAUUUCUGAAUAGCGCUGUCGAAGAAUUUGGAUUUAACAGAAGAACAGAAUUGUAUGGAACAGGAUUAACAAGUGUCAGACGAAGAAUAAGAAGCAAACUGUAA